UCGCUGCGACUGUGUUAAAGUUGGCGGGAGCCGUCCGGGUCGGACCUGUCCGGUGUUCUCGGCCAUCGGGUCCGGGCUGCUGGUGGUCGAGGGCGUCGCGGUGGAGUUCCGCGGCCCGUCGGCACGAUGCGGGUGGCUGUGGCCGGCUGCUGUCAUGGCGAACUGGACAAGAUCUACGAGACCCUGGCCCUGGCGGAGCGGCGCGGCCCGGGACCGGUGGAUGUCCUUCUGUGCUGCGGCGACUUCCAAGCGGUGCGCAAUGAGGCCGACCUGCGCUGCAUGGCGGUGCCGCCCAAGUACCGUCACAUGCAGACCUUCUACAGAUACUACUCUGGAGAGAAAAAGGCCCCAGUUCUCACAAUCUUCAUCGGAGGAAACCAUGAAGCCUCAAACCAUUUGCAAGAGUUACCCUAUGGUGGCUGGGUAGCACCAAAUAUUUACUAUUUAGGUUUGGCUGGUGUAGUAAAAUACCGAGGUGUAAGGAUUGGUGGGAUCUCUGGCAUCUUCAAAUCUCAUGACUACCGAAAAGGUCAUUUUGAGUGCCCCCCUUAUAAUUCAUCUACCAUAAGGAGUAUAUAUCAUGUGAGAAAUAUAGAGGUCUACAAACUGAAACAGUUGAAGCAGCCUGUAGAUAUAUUCUUAUCUCAUGACUGGCCAAGAAGUAUAUAUCAUUAUGGAAAUAAGAAGCAGCUUCUUAAGACCAAAUCUUUUUUUCGCCAAGAAGUGGAAAACAACACUCUAGGGAGUCCUGCUGCCUCGGAGCUGUUGGAGCACCUAAAGCCCGCAUACUGGUUUUCUGCACAUCUUCAUGUGAAAUUUGCAGCCUUGAUGCGGCAUCAGGCCACAGAUAAAGAACAAGCAGGCAAAGAAACCAAGUUUUUAGCCUUGGACAAAUGCUUACCACACAGAGACUUUCUUCAGGUGUUAGAAAUAGAACAUGAUCCCAGUGCUCCUGAGUACUUAGAGUAUGAUAUUGAAUGGCUUACUGUUCUCAGGGCCACUGAUGACCUGAUUAAUGUGACCGGGAACCUAUGGAAUAUGCCUGAAAACAAUGGUCUGCAUACAAGGUGGGAUCAUAGUGCGACUGAAGAAGCUAUGAAGGAAGUAAUGGAAAAAUUGAACCAUGACCCUAAAGUUCCCUGUAACUUCAGUAUGACAGCAGCUUGUUACGAUCCGAGCAAGCCACAGUCGCAAGUGCAGCUGGUUCACAGGAUCAAUCCGCAGACUACUGAAUUUUGUGCCCAGCUUGGCAUCACAGACAUUAAUGUCAUGCUUCAGAAGGACAAGGAAGAGCAACAUCUGUGUGGAGAAUAUGAAGAGCAGGGUGAUGUGGGGACUGAUGAGUCUGAAGAAGACCGGAGUGAGUACAGCACAGAUGCAUCUGCUCUGUCCUCCUUCAAUCCGGAUGAAAUAAUGCUGGAUGAGGAGGAGGAGGAGGAGGGUCCUCUUGGUGACGUGACCACACCCUCUGUAGAACCUUCUUCCCAUCAAGCUUCUGACCUCUCCACAAGCUUUUCUGACGUCAGGAACUUGCCAAGCUCCAUGUUUGUGUCUUCUGAUGAUGCAUCCCGUUCUCCGACUGGUGGGGAGGGAAAUCCUGGUGAGACUGUGCAGUCGGAGGAUGAAAAGUCCUUGACUGACUUUCCGCUGAAGAGGCUGAGUAAUGAACAUGAGCCUGAGCAAAGAAAGAAAAUUAAGAGGCGGAAUCAAGCCAUCUAUGCUGCCGUAGAUGAUGGUGAUAAUGAUGAAUAAGACAGGGACUUGCCUUAGUGAUGUUUGUAGUAUGUGAUUUCAACACCCUUAUUUUUAGGGUUGAAUUUUUGAUAAAUUACUGGGCUUUGUAAUAAUGAAGUGAUGGAAUUUUGGUUAUAUAUAACUUUGUUUUUAGGAUUAUGUUUGUAUGUUUCAGAUAUAAACUUAUUAAAAUUUCAUAUGAAAUUUGAUGACCAUGAUUUGAAGACAUUCACUUCCACUUUGUUGGAACUUAACUACAUUUGAACUCUAGAAACACUGUUCUCUAGGAAGGGACUGUGAAGAUAAAUGAAAACAGGAAGCUUGUAAAUGUUUUGAUGCAUAAAGUGCCACCUAAUUGCUGAAAUUAAUAUCCUGUUGGCUUUUGCAUAUUAUAUUUUAGCCUAAAUUUUUAUGUAACCGUGGUAGCUAUAUUCAGGUUACCUUGACAGAGUGCAGUUUAGUAUUACCAACAGAAUUGUCUAGAUGCCCUCUCUCUUGCUGCGUGAUAGACUGACAGGGGUAAAGUGUUGUCGAGGGUCCAUGUGGAACAUACACCUCUCUCAUCUCUAGUUGCAAUAGAUGGACUGCCUGAGGCCAUUGCCUCUGGGCUUGGGAACAGACUCAUGGAUCCAAGAGUCUCAUUCUCAUCCCUCUGCAGUCCAAACCCAGGGAAAUCCUGAAGUGGCCGGCUUCCAUCCUGGCAGCAUUUGACAUUGCCAUAAGCUUUGGGACUUUGAAGCUUUUGUGUUUGUUUUCUUCCAUUUAUUCAUUUAAAAAGUUAUUUUCUUGUUUACAAUAGGUAUUUGAAACUGAAUUUACCCCACUAGUUUGAAUUCCACAAAUUCAAAUCAUAGUUUUCUCCAGAAAAGUCUUUUUAACAAGAAAAAGAGGGGUUGGGGAGAUGACUCAGAGGUUAAGAGCAUUGCUUGCUCUUCCAAAGGUCCUGAGUUCAAUUCCCAGCAACCACAUGGUGGCUCACAACCAUCUGUAAUGAGGUCUGGUGCCCUCU